AUGAAGAUCGUUCAGUUCUCGACGAUAAUUCUGGCGACGAUAACACAUGAGGAAAAUUCAGAACUGCCGGACGGACUGGAAGACGGCUCGGAGGACUCUGAAACUGGUGCAACGGAUGAAGAUGAUUGGCAAGAAGAAACCGAUGUCAGUUCGGUGGAAAGCGAAAGCGACAGUGAUCAAGAACCGCCAAGACGUCGUCCGAAGCUCGAUCAGCGAUCAGAGUCGGAAGUAUUUUUGUCAAAAUCUGGUCGACGGUGGAGUACAUCCGAACCUCCGAAACGAAAAAUACCACAAGCAAAUAUUCUGCGACAGUUACAUGGUGUUGGGCCCUCAGCAACAAGGAUGCAAACAGUGAAAGGUGCUUUUCAACUCUUAUUUACAGAAGAAAUGAUACUUAUCAUCGUCACAGAAACUAAUAGAAGAGCAAGGAAGGCUGCUGAAGCAUGGAAUGAACCGAAUCCUGACAAGAAAUGGCAAUGGAAGGAUACUGAUAGUGAGGAAAUUUGGGUGUUUAUUGGAUUCUUGAUUCUUGUGGGCGUUCAAAGAUCUCAAAACGAGAAUCUCAACGAAUUAUGGUCCAUGAAUAGUGGCCGAUCAAUAUUUCGAGCGACAAUGUCAAAGAAUCGCAUGGAUAGUCUACUAAAAUUCUGCCGAUUCGAC